AUGGAUUCUCCGAAUGUCAUUGAAGGGUGGCACAAGCUACCAUAUGAGAUACAACUGGAAAUCCUGGAAUUCGCACUCACACCUCCAAUUAAACUUCCAGCCCCUUCAGAGGUUCAAUCUGGUGACUGCGCGAGAGUAUGGUUCCGACUAUGGAACAGGAGACCCAAGAAUUUAGCGAGGGACCUACUUCUGGUGAACAAACGGUUUCACGACGAUACUCAGCGCAUUAUCAAAUUUAUGCUAGAAGUGUACCACCUCGACGUCAUGGUUGUCAAAGAUUACGGACUUUGGACAACUUGGUACCUCCCGAAACUGCCCAAGUUUACCCACGUCGAUGAAGUGACCGUCACAUUUCGCAUCUUUGGAUCCGCUGGUGAUCUCCAAAGUUAUUUCAAGAACACUCUGGAUUACGCGGACAAGAUAACACAUGCGAUGCGGGAUCUUCAUAACCUUUUUGCCCAUCUGAUCGGCAUUGGGCCCGGGUUUUUCUCCAAGCGCAACCGUGGUAACUUUUUUAUCUAUUGA